AACUCACCAUGUAGUCCAGGCUGGCCACAGACUUACAGAGAUGGUCCUGCCUCAGCCUCCUGACUGGUGGAAUUAUAGGUCUGAGGGGGAAGAAACAUCAUGGUGUGAACGCAAGGCAAAGAAAACUCCUCACCACAAGACAGGCCGAGCACUGUGUCCGCAGACAGGCUCCUUCUGCUUUUGUUCUAGCCAAGCUCCAGCCCAUUGCAUGGACAGUGACAUGGAGUCUGGAAGCAGCCCACUUACCACACAUGUGCUAGACACGACGUCUGGGCUCCCAGCUGGUGGCCUCGGCCUCCAUUUGUCCCAGCUGACAGGCCUUGGCCAGCAGUGGACAGAGCUGAAGAAAAGCCACACAGACAUGGAUGGCCGCUGCCCUGGGCUUCUGAAGCCAGGCCAGCUGCAGCCAGGCACCUACAAGCUGUCCUUUGACACUGAGGGCUACUGGAAGAAGAGAGGGCAGGAGAGCUUCUACCCAUACAUAGAGGUUGUUUUCACCAUCACAAAUGAGAGCCAGAAGUUCCACGUGCCCCUGCUGCUGAGCCCAUGGUCAUACACCACCUACCGAGGGAGCUAGAGCUGAGCCAGCCUAACACAGGCCACCUGCCCCUCCCUUACUCUGAGCCACCUGCGCAGUGCUCCAGAGUGGGCUUCAUGAUCAUUGUGAGGCACUGAGGUCACCCACUUCCUUGGGAGGGUGUGGUCUGCUGUUUUUCAGUGGGCAGCUGUGACUUCAGUGUCAAUAAAGUCAGUGCUGACACCUGCAAAGCAA